AUGGCGGCCUCGCUGGGCUCAGACUGCCUGACUGAGGAAGCUGCCUCCACAACCACUGCGGUAGAGCGACCCACCAAACACAAGCUCCCCACGCCGACGGAGGCGCACGAAAUCCGGCUAAAGCCCCCCACCAUACCCCGGGACGUUCACCCACCACCACCGCCCAAGAAGAGCCGAUUGGAAGAACGAUGCGUGAAGCCCAAGAAAGUCCCUGUAACCAGCAGUGGCGAGGCGGAAAAAGACGCACCAAAACACCCGGGUUUGUGGAACUCUACUCCGGGCAAAGCUAGCGUGCCAGUCCCCGGUGCACCUCACUCCCAGCUGCCGUCGUCCAACAAGCAAAAAGUCUUCAAACCCAACGAUUUACCCCCGCACAAGAAACCUAAACUGAGCAAAAACCCAUCGAAGGAUAAACAUAAAGAGGAAGAGCGCAAAAAGAAACAUAAAUUAUUAUUGCUAACUGCGAAUAACAUUGGUAAUAACAGUAUCAGUAACAGCAGCGUUAUAAGCAGGUUUGACCAUGUCGCCCCGACGAAUACACCAGAGAAUGGGGAGAUCACUGCGACCGAGAUCACGCUGCCAUGCAAAGAGCACAUGACCAACAACAAGAGAAAAGAGCGGGAGAGGGAGGAGCGAGAGAAAAAGAGAGUUCGAGACAAGGAGCGCGAGAAGAAACACAACAAACUGAUGAACCAGAUCAAGAGGGAGAACGGAGAGGUCAAACAGCCUAAAGAUGCGUGCCUCACGAGAGACGCCUUCAGACGCAGCGAUGACAGAGCCACAAACAGCGCUACACACCUUAGCAGUAAUAUCUCCCUUGCUCGAUCCAACACUCCGCCUUUCUCCACAAAUGAGGUGAAGAACUUGCUGCAGUCCAUGCCCAGGACCAGUGAGCCCCGGGAGAUGCUGUUUGAGGACCGGACCAGAGCCCAUGCAGAUCACAUUGGCCAGGGCUUCGAACGCACAACCACAGCAGCUGUGGGGGUUCUGAAGGCCGUGCGCUGUGGGGACAGCUCGGAGCCUUCUCGUGUGACCAAAGAUGCCAUUUGUUUCCACGCAGCCGACUUCCCCUACGUGGUACAGAGGCUGCAGCUGGACCUGUACGAGCCACCUCUCUCCCAGUGUGUUCAGUGGGUGGACGAUGCCAAACUCAACCAGCUGCGUCGCGAGGGUAUCCGUUACGCCCGAGUCCGUCUCUGCCACGACGACAUUUACUUCAUCCCCCGAAAUGUAGUCCAUCAGUUCAAGACUGUGUCGGCGGUGUGCAGCCUAGCGUGGCACGUCCGCUUACGCCAAUACCACCCAGAGCAGAAACGAGAAGAGUCCAACAGCAGCGAUGAGAGUGAAACAGAGGAGGAAGAGGAGGAGCAGGUGAAGGUCGAGGAGAUCCCUGUGAAGAUCAAGGAAGGCAAACAGCACGUAGAGAAGGAAAGGAAGCUUGUCAAAGAGCGAUUCAAGAGGGAAAAUACAGAAGAGGAAGGACAGAGGACUUUGCCGAGCGUUAAGUUUAAAAAAGAGGAGACUUUUCCUCCAAAAGGUUUAAUUGCUGAAUCAAUAGAAUCAAGCAAAACUAAAGAGGAAAAAGAAAGGACUAAAAAUAAGGAAUUGUUGAAAAUCAAGCGGGAUUCGCCAACAGUUGUGAAGGUGAAGUCAGACCAAGUUUUAGCCUCUAAGUCGAUCACGGCUUUGCCCCAUUCCCCUCGGUCUAAACCUCUGUCAAUAAAGCACUCUGAAUCCAAAAGCGCGUCUUCCAAAACAUUGUCGCACGAGGAAAAUGGUGCAAAAACACAGAUCUCUUCUCCAAUCUCUCUGCCGUCCGUAAAGUCUUCCACGUUGCAAUUACCGUCUACUCCCAUCAAGCCGUCUGUGGUUUCAUGUCCUACCACCUCCAUAAGUCCUGGAGACGCAACUUGUUCUUCGAAAACCACAACCACUGCAUCUCGUCUGCCACCUACCUCUCCGUCUUUACUCAGUUCGUCUUCCCAACCGCUGAAAGACACAAGAACGUUCCCAGAGACAAGGAUCCCACGCAUUUCACACGAGAGGAGCAAACCGGCGGACGAGAACCUUCCACAGAGACACAAGCCGAGCGUAGCAGACAGCCGUGCCCUUGCGCUGCCAGAGGUGCGGACUCUCUCGGAUAAGUGGUCAAUGCGGGCAGAGCGGCAAACAACCGCCCCUCCGGACCCCUCGCGACCGGGUUUAUAUCUGCAGCAAUAUGCGCCUCAGAACAUCCACAACAGCAGCAAUCACCACCACCAUCAUCUCUCGCCCCCUCCGCCUCUGCCGCCUCCCCCUCUCCCACCUCCUCCCCCACCCAUGAUGCCUCCCUCAUACCCGCCCCUCAUGCCCCCGUACCCGCCCCCGUCUGCAGCCCCUCCCGGGCUCAGCCACUACCAAAGCCACCCAUAUCAGAACUCUGCGUACUAUCCACCGUUGAUGCCUCCCCUGGCUGCUCCCCCGCCGCCUCUACCCCCUCCCCACACCUACCCCCCUCCGCCCCCGCCCUUCAGCUCGCACCACCACCAUGCGUUUUUACCGCCGCCGCACCACCAUCACCACCACCACCACCAAGCUUUUCUGUCGCCCCAGGGUGCCUUCUCCACGCCGCCUCCGUAUCACCAGCCGUACCCCGCCCCCUCCUCCCCCCUCCACGUCCCCGCCUCCCCCACCCCCCUUGCCCCCCUCGGCGUACCCGCCAUUGCCGCCCCUGCAUGA